CGCUACGGAUGCACUUUUGACGCUCUUGUUUACCUGUUUCCCGUCAGAGAAAGAAAAUUGUCGACCGAAGUUUCUGCUUAAAAUUUUCCAUUUUUCCUGCAAUUUAAGUGAGCAAAUUCGGCAGAAUACUGUGCCCAAUCGCGAAAGAAAAGCUCUGCUACAGGGAUCAUGUACUGUUGCAUACGCAGCUGCGCGUCAAAGUACGGGAAGGCGUCGGUUUCCUUUCACCGGUUUCCGCAGCACAAUGAAAUCCGUCGCCAGCGUUGGAUCGAGGCAGCGGCCCGGGGCACCGAAAUCAACUACGAUUACGCGGUGGUUUGCAGCCGGCACUUUGUUGGUGGCCGCCCGGCACGGGCCGGCGAUAGCGCCUCGGUCAGCUGGGUCCCGACGCUGCUGCUGGACAAAGGCCUCUCGGAUGUCGAUGCCAUUGCUCGUCGACAAACAGGUGGAACGGUGGACGGGGGCGCCAUUCAGGACGAUGAUGAUUUAGAUGUUAGCUGUGCCGUUCGUGGCUGCGGCAUGACGAAAGAGGAAAACCCUUCAUUGCUGUUCUUUUCCGUUCCCCGGGAUCAAAGCGAACGGCGUAGGUGGUUGCUGCAAAUUGGAAUGCUGGACAACGCUAUCGAUUUUUACAGAGACACAGUUUUGGCCGUCUGUGAAUUGCAUUUCGAUCUUUCCAAAGAUUUGCUUAAUUAUGAUGACGUCAUAUCCAUGGGAAGAACCGCCAUGCUAAAGGAGAAUGUUAUGCCAAGUCGGAAUGUCCCAUCAAUAGGAUUCACCCAAGACACGUUCGAGGAUACGCUAAUGCCGAAACAAGAAGUCACUUCCAUACCGGAAGACGAUGAUGAAUUAUCUCUGCUAGAGGAAAUGCCUGAUCGGAAUGGAGGAAAUGAUCAGGCUAUGCCGGAAUAUCCAGACCACAUGCAGCCAAGUCCCAUUGAAGAGUUCGUACACAUUUGUCGUUCUUGUUUAUGUACCGAUAAAGUGAAUCUCGUAUCCGCAUUUGAUGAUAGAUUAGCGGAUAUUUUCCUUCAAUUCACAAAUGUAAACAUUGAUGAAAAUGAAGGCAUUUCCACGAUGAUUUGCAUAGACUGUAAAUCAAGACUGCUAGACAUUCAUUUCUUCCGCGAUACUUGCGUCACGAACACACAAGUUCUACUUCAUCGCUAUCAGAAGUGCUACGGAUUGGCAGCGCAUAAUGAUCUAUCUCAUCUUGGAUCCAUGGAGGAUGACGAUACUCUUGAAGUAACUCCAAACACUACCGACAACAGUCGGUACGAAAUGGGUGCCGAUGAUCCUGAAGAUCUGUUGAUGCCACAGAAAGAAGAAGCGGAGCCUUCAAUUUUUUUCAAACCUAAAAAACCGCGCGGUAGACCACCCAAAGUACCCGCGACUCCGCCGAAAACAUUAGUUUCUCCGAAACCCGUUGAGUCGCCGAAACCGUAUAAAUCUCAAAAGAUUGCCAUUAUGAAGAAACGCUUCAAGUGCAAGUUUUGUCGCAAGGAAUACAACUCUCGACCUGGAUUCGAAAUGCACACGGCAACCCACAAGUACCACAAUCAGAGUGAUUUCACCGAAGAGUGCAGACGAUGCGACAUUCUGACGCGCAAAGGUGAGGUGCACCGUUGCUACACGGACAUUCUGUACUGCUACGUGUGUGGGGAGAAGUACGGUAAAUGGGGACACCUGAAGCUCCACCUGGCAAAGAAGCACAAAAUCAAAACAAAGCGAAGGGAAUUGAUGCAGAAACUGAAGGAGAUGGGCUACGUCGUUGGACCUCGGGUUAAUGCCCUGAAAAUCCCACCGGUAUCCCAUGUUGCACAAAAAGAGGAAUCUGAAGACGACGAAGAUGAAUACGGGACUUCGAACCCAUUGGAUCAAGACAAAUCUGCCAGCUCUCGUAGUGUUACCAACUCUCCAAUCGAACACCAGCAGCAGUGUAGUUUCUGCGGGGUAGGCUUUGCCUACAACUCCAGUCUAGAGAUGCAUCUGAAAACGCAUAGCGCAAUCGAACUAACUCAAUGCAAUGAAUGCGAUUCAAAUUACGAUUCGUAUUACCAUCUGGAGCGCCACCACGAUGAACACGAGGACGAAUACCCAUUAACGGAGGAAAUCAUCUGCCGGUUCUGCGGAAAGCAAUUGCAGCGGCAGCAAACUCUACUGCUCCAUUACCAGUAUGUCCACAAAGAUAAGAACGUGGUCCAGUGCAGCACUUGCCCGCAAUUGUUUGGAAACGCCCUUGAGCUAUCGAAUCACGGAUGUAAUGGUCAGAGGAGGAAAAGUGUUGCCUCUUCAUCAACUGCCGCCACAAAUGGCGAUUUUGUUAUAAUCAAACCGGAAUCGAUUCUCAAGGGUAAGACGUCCGCUGCCAUGGCAAUGAAUGAAGAUGACUCGAAUUCGAUUCCGGUUGGCAUGCAAGGCGCUGACGGAGCUGACCCUCUACUUGGAUUGGGCAACGAAGAGGUAAUCGAUCUCGAUUCUGACGACGAAGAAGAUUUGGGGAAGGAUGACUCCAGCCAGGAGAAAACCAGCUACGAUUGCUCCAUGUGCGACAAACAAUUCACGAAGCAGGACAUCCUGGAGCGACACAUGAAACUGCACCGAAUGAUGAAUGACGCCAAGGCCAAUGAAAUUGGGCUGCGAAAUUCCUUUUUCAGAGCUAUGAAUUGCCGCCGUGAAGUAUCACAGCCCAUCUAGGUAAGCGAAUCCAAGUUUUAUAAAUGUAAUUGUAAAUAAUUGUGAUCUCCCUGCUGGCUUUUUGUGGCUGUUACGAAAUUGUAUUUUGAAGCCACUACAAGUUCAAUACUUGGUGAGUAUUUAGCUUUUUAAAAGGAAGUUAAUAGUAAGAAGUUAUAGAUCCCCAAAAGAGGAUCAUUUCAGUUGUUCGCAAUAUUUUAAUUCAUUUAAUCGCAAGUAAUUAGUGUGAAAUACUAUCCUUAUCGCAGAGUUAAAUAAUAAUACAAACAAACAAUAA